AUGGCAGGUUCUUUGUUUGACUACUACUUCAUUGUGGUGUUGCUCUACGGCUUGCACUACUUACUCAUGGAGGUUUGGCGAUUGCUCGGUCGGCCAACAGUGAUCACAUUGCUGACAACAUUGAUGUGGCUAGUGGCGCCCGUGAUAACAAGGGUACCCAUGUUGGAUAUGCCUGCUGCUCAGUGGCUCAGUGCUAUGCUGCGAGAGUUUAGAACACAGUCGGGCAAUGUCGAGCAUGUGAGGUUGACGCUUCUGCUGAGUACCUUACUGGCCCUGAAGGCUUGGAAUUGCACAUAA